CCCUCCCCCUCUUUCUUCUCCUCCCUCGUCGCCGCCGCCGCCGCCGCCGCCGCCGCCGCCGCCGCCGCCUCAGCCUUCGCCUCAGCCGCCGCCCGCUCCCGCCCGCGCGCGGCGGGAUGGACGAUCAAUCCAGGAUGCUGCAGACUCUGGCCGGGGUGAACCUGGCUGGCCACUCGGUGCAGGGGGGCAUGGCCCUGCCGCCUCCCCCGCACGGCCACGAAGGGGCGGACGGCGACGGCAGGAAGCAGGACAUCGGCGACAUCCUCCACCAGAUCAUGACCAUCACCGACCAGAGCUUGGACGAGGCGCAAGCAAAGAAACAUGCCCUGAACUGUCACAGAAUGAAACCAGCGCUCUUCAGCGUCCUGUGUGAGAUCAAAGAGAAAACAGGUCUCAGCAUCAGAGGAGCCCAGGAGGAGGACCCUCCCGAUCCCCAGCUAAUGAGACUGGACAAUAUGCUUUUGGCAGAAGGGGUUUCAGGUCCUGAGAAAGGUGGGGGAUCGGCGGCAGCAGCUGCAGCCGCGGCAGCCUCUGGAGGUUCUUCAGAUAACUCUAUUGAACACUCAGAUUACAGAGCCAAAUUGACCCAGAUCAGACAAAUCUAUCACACAGAACUGGAGAAAUAUGAACAGGCAUGUAAUGAAUUUACUACACAUGUGAUGAACCUUCUCCGAGAACAGAGUAGAACACGUCCCAUUUCUCCAAAAGAGAUUGAAAGAAUGGUGGGCAUCAUCCAUCGAAAAUUUAGUUCCAUUCAGAUGCAGCUCAAACAAAGCACUUGUGAAGCAGUUAUGAUUUUAAGAUCAAGGUUCCUUGAUGCCAGACGGAAAAGGCGUAACUUCAGUAAACAGGCCACAGAAAUCUUGAAUGAAUAUUUUUACUCACACCUCAGCAACCCCUACCCCAGUGAAGAAGCCAAAGAGGAGCUGGCCAAGAAAUGCAGCAUCACAGUGUCACAGAGUCUUGUAAAGGAUCCAAAAGAAAGAGGGAGCAAAGGUUCUGACAUCCAGCAAACUAGCGUGGUAUCCAAUUGGUUUGGCAACAAACGAAUCAGGUACAAGAAGAAUAUCGGCAAGUUUCAGGAAGAAGCCAACCUCUAUGCUGCAAAGACGGCCGUGACAGCUGCACACGCAGUAGCAGCAGCUGUGCAGAACAACCAGACCAAUUCGCCCACCACACCAAAUUCCGGUUCUUCUGGUUCUUUUAACCUCCCAAAUUCUGGGGACAUGUUCAUGAACAUGCAGAGUCUGAAUGGGGAUUCUUACCAAGGGUCCCAAGUCGGAGCCAAUGUGCAAUCACAGGUGGAUACCCUCCGUCAUGUUAUCAAUCAGACGGGAGGCUACAGUGAUGGCCUUGGAGGAAAUUCACUGUACAGUCCACAUAAUUUAAAUGCUAAUGGAGGCUGGCAGGACGCAACAACUCCAUCUUCUGUGACUUCUCCUACAGAAGGCCCAGGAAGUGUGCACUCGGAUACCUCUAACUAAUCUCUGGCCACACUUUUCCCUGAGCUACAUGCCUUGAUAAGUGCAUUCAGAGCAAUAGGAGGAAAAGGAAAGCGUUUUUGUAGCCCACCAUCUACAGCUUUACUGUAAAACCUUGUCUUAUUCAAGAACUUGGUAAAUCUGUUUUUUAAGGAAUCAUAAUCAUUUGUAUUUAUACUUAAAAACACACAAUGUUAAAAAAAAAUAAAGCACUUUAUCCAAUUAGGCCAAGAUUUAACAUUGUUGACAGUCCUGUAGCUAUUUUAUCAUAAUUUAUUAUCAAUAUUUUACAUUAAUGGUUUCACAGUUGCCAAUUACUUGGCCUUAAGGGUAAAAAGUACAAUAUACACUAAACCUCAACCGUUAAAGCAGAUGCAAAAAUUCACCUCACCUAAAUUGAACUUCUUGCAUAUUUCCAUUACUGACUUGGAUUGUCUUUCUUUCAUAUCACUAAUGGAGUUGGAAUAAAGAGCUGUUUGCCUAUCCCUGUUAAUGAUGGUUGUGUUUAAGAAUCUUCCUCGUCACGUUUGUGUUCAGAUCUCUUAUGUUAUAAUUAGAUCAGAGACUGGUAGCAUCGUUUCUCUCUCUGAAAGCACCAGUGCCCAGAGUCUGCUCGGUAAUAAAAUUAUGGAUCCAGAUUGUUCUGAGAGACGAAGAUACUUGCUGCUGAUAGAGGUGAAAACGAGAUCGAUCCGUCUGGGGUUUUACGGUGUGCACUGGGUGCUGCACAGACUUGUCAAGGUUUGCUACGUCCUCUGGGCAUCUGCAAAAGGCCCUGCUCUCUGGAGUGUUGUAUAUAGUGUAGCAAAAGAGUAUUUAUACAUCCCACCAAUCAAAACACAGCUUUAUUACCUCAUGCGAACUCAUACAAACCAAUAGAAUUUCAACAUGUUCUGUAGCUUAGAGUGCUCACUUACUACCUCUGAACAAUACUCACGCUGUAGUUUGUCUCUUUCUUAUCUUUUUGCAUCUUGUAAUUAACUCUUUGUUUCCCUUCAUAAAAUGUAAUGUACAUUGUAAUCUUUUAAAAGAAAAAUCAGGGUUGCAUUUGCAACUUUUAAAAAACUGAGAGUGGAAACAUUGGGUCUUAAUUCAACACAGGAUCGGUAAAACUGUUGUAAAUACUGAGAAACAUUUUGAAUGUUCUUCAUCUUAUUACUAAUCCAUGCAAAAAAAAAAAAAAAGCGGCGACUAAUUGUGAUGCAUUCAGAUUUCAGUAUUCAGUACUGUAUAUUUCACCCUGUGUAAUGGGGCCCCCUCUCCUUUCUCUCUUUUUGUAUUGUAUGCGAUUCUGAAACUGAUUGAGUCAUGAAAAUAAUUUGUGGCGGUGAUUCUAAUGUAUUAAAAACGUUUCGUGUUCCUUUCUAACUGGAUUACACCCUGGAUUGAAAAAGUCUUCCUCGUGGUAGUUAUAUGUAGUUUCAAACAUGAAUAAACUUUUUGCUUUCAUGAUUAAA